ACAUAGGCUGCAGUUUCAGUUUGUUUUAUUCACCAUUUUGAGUAGCUGAAGGUAAAAAAAAUAAGAAUAUUUGCGUUUGGAGGACAAGUCGCUGCCGCACUUUUAUUUUCACGCGUCAGCUCGGACGGCGGAGUCGUGCGUCAGCCUCGCUCCUCCUCGGGUGUUUUGCAGAGCGGGAACCUAUAUUUCUUUUUUUCCCCCGUCGCUUUUUCUUCUCCCCCCUUUUCUUACAUCCUUAACCUCUACAGUAUUCCUGCAAAAUGUCAAGACCAGUGAGAAACAGGAAAGUGGUGAACUACUCACAAUUCAAUGAAUCUGACGAUGCAGAUGAGGAGUAUGGUGACGAUAAGCCUAAGAAGGUGCGCGCAGCCCCUCGUGAGCCAAAGCACAAGCGCUCAAAGAACUCACAGGAUGACAGCGAGGACUCUGAUGAAAAGGUCUCCAAACCCAAAAAUGAUUCAGCCGACGACUUUGGCAGCGACGAGGAGGACAACGACUUCGGCGAGGAAGAAGAAGAAGACGGAGGGAGCGACUACGAAGAAAAACGAGGGAAAAAGGGAAAGAAACCCAAGGUGGAGAAGCCUACCAAGAGGACGCCGAAGAGAAAACGGGCUGCAGAUGACAGCGAUGACGACAGGGAAGUGAGUCGAAAGCGUACAGUGCGUCAGGCGGCCUCCAAGGCUGUGUCCAAACAGAGGGAGAUCCUGCUGGGCGACGGAGGCAGUGAAGACGAGGAGCGCGAAGACCAAGAGGAGCCCUACAAUGACCCCGACGAGUCCGGCAGCGACGAGGACUUCAUGGUGGAGGAUGAUGAUGACAGCGACUACGGUCACUCCAAGAAGAGAGGCAAGAAAGUGAUUCGACGGGGACGGCCGGAGAAGAAGGAGAAGAAAUCCCCCAAACCCCGACUAAAGGCCACAGUCACCCCCAGCCCAAUGAAAGGCAAGGGCAAGGGGCGUCCCAGUGCCAAGGCCCUGGAGAAGAGCUCACCCAAAGAGGAGGAAGAGGAGGACCCGGAGAGUCCCCUGGAGGAGGAAGAGGAGGAGGCCGAGAAGAAGGAGACCUCCCCCGCCCCCAAGACGACGAAGGAGGCCGCAGGAGGGGAGGAGGAGGAGGAAGACGAAGAGGAAGAGGACGGCUCAGAAGAGGAGGCACCCUCUGGAGAAGACUAGAAGAUUGGUACCCGUUGACACCCAUCCUCGAUGUCUCUCUCUCUCUCUCUCUCUCUCUCUCUCUCUCUCUCUCUCUAUCUAUCUCUCUCCCUCUCUACUCUCUCUCACUCUCUUCUCAAGUUUUUGUUUCUUUUGUUGCUCUGCGUUUUUUGUUUUUAUUUCUUUUUUUUUUGUUUUGUUGUUGUUUUUUUUGUUUUCCUCAUGGUGGCCUGGCUCAAUGGUUUGGACUUGAUGUGCUUUUUCUUUACACUGCUCCCCUCCCCCUACUCCCCAUCCAACCACCAGUUCUCCCCCUUUUAGCCUGAACCUGGUUUGCCAUACUAACUGAAUACAUUAUGCUCACGUGAUGAUCUGGCGUACGUGAGGAGUUUUCUUGUAUUUUGAACACUCAGCUUCACUUUACCGUCUCUGCGUUAAAAAGUUUCACUACAGCGUGACGAUUCUGAACCGCGUCCACAGAUGAUGUUAAGAGUUUCCUGCUUUUCAAAGAGCAUCCGUCCUGAGGUUGAACAAAGCAGUUCACUUGUGUUUAUGUUCUCCUCCCUUUAUGAAUAACUAUUAUUAUUAUUAUUAUUGACUGAUUCCUACCUGUUAACUGAUGUCUGUGAUUACUGGGAGUGUUCUGAGCCUCCCAGCUAUCGGUAACUAAAGCGCUGUAUUCACACAGUCAACAGGCGUCCCUUUAUCCUUUCUUUUUGGUACUGUGCGCUAUUAAACACAGAGCAUGUUUUAACAGAGAAAGACUGUUAAUUCAGUUUAAAGCUGUAUUUUUCCCCGGAAUUUUUAAAACCCAGUUCUUUUCCGACUUUAUAUUCACGCCCGUGGCUUUUUUCCGUGAGAAAAAAAAAACAUGAUUUAUUUCGAGAAGCGUUCCUCUCGUAGCCGCCGCCGCCGUUCUGUAGAUUUAGGUAAAGGCUCGUUACUAAAGACUGGUGGUUGGCGGAGCGUCCCCUACACGCCGGAGUGCCGCUAAUCACACGUGACGAGCCAAGCAUGCAUGCGUGUGAGUGUGUUUUUAUGUACUUUUGUUUGAAUUUUGUGUGCUUGUGUUGGGGUACUUCCUAUGAGAGGGUCUGGCUUUUUUUAAUUUUUUUUAUCUUGUUCUCAGCCUCCCAUCAGCUGGCUAUUGUGAAACGGUUUCUCUUAUGUUGAGCUUUCAGAUGAUGCGCCAUGCUACGUGAAGCUACACCCCUAACCCCCCCCCCCCCCCCCCCUCACCCUCACCCCUACUAUCCCUGCAUGGCCACCGCAUCUUCACCACAGUCAACCCUUUGUGCCAGGCACCCUCCCCCCUAAAAUCUUCAUUAUUUUUUGGGUUGUUUUUUGUUUUUUAAAGAAAUGCAAGAAGAGAUGUUUCAUCUUUUUUCUUUUUUUUUCUUUUGAGUCCAAAAAAAAAAAAAUGAAUGUUGUUUUUUCUCCUGUUGGUUCAUUGUUCUCUAAUUCUCUAUUCAGAUUUUUUUUGUAAUGUUUGUUUUUUAAGAAAAAGAAAUAAAAUGUAUCUUGAUUUUAAAAAAAAAAAAGGAAA